AUUCGCUAAGCACUCGGUCGGCACGGAUCGAUUUCGAUGACCUUAGAAAUCAACCGCGAAAUGCCUCAGUGGAGUUUAGUGCUAUGGAGCGAGGCGUCAGUCUAGAGGGUGGCUUCUUGGAUGACAGUGAUGAUGACGAUGAGGGCAGAAUUAUAUAAUGAACCAUAGCUGGAUUUGUACUUUUAUUUGUAUCGAGACGUUUGCUUUUCAUAAAUCGUUUAGGAUGGCGGGGGAGUUUUUUUUCCCUAGAACCAGGAAUCAAAUAACCAUCUACAUAUGUUUACACUAUUGUUUCAUCCCCGCACUGCAUCCUUUUUUUCAUGUCAUGGCAUGGGAACCAAUGUUAUUCAAGUAGUUGCACAUUUAUUAUAAGCUCGCCGUUGUAAAUAUAAAUGGCUGAACCAAGCGUGUG